AAGAAGAUGAAACUAUUUGUCCUGCUGACGCUCGGGGCUCUGGUGGUGCUCAUUAACGGAAUGCCACCAAUCAGCAGGGACAUCAACACCCACUGUCGGUGCCUGCAGGUCGAGUCCAGGAUCAUCCCUCCGGAGAGUCUGAAGAGCAUUAAACUGGUCCCAGAGGGGCCUCACUGUGCCGAAACCGAAGUCAUAGCCGGUUUGAUGAGCGGGGAGAAGGUCUGUCUGAACCCUCGGUCUGCCUGGGUGAAGAAACUGGUCCACUUUGUUCUGGAGAAACAGCUCCACAAGCAGAAACCCAAGAACCAGGCGUAGUCAUUGUAAUCCAAACAAUACUUCACUUUAUCUGCAACAAUGAGCCACUUUGUGUUUUAUCAUUAAUUUUUGAGUUUUUAAAGUUUUUGAUCUGUCUAGAUAUUUGCAAAAAAAAAGGAUUGUUUACAGGGUUAGUGCAAAUAAAAGUAAGCAAAAUAAGGUGUGCUGAUGAUUGAAACGUCCAUAUUUCCUUUCAUUUAAAGUGCUUACGAGGUGUUUUACUGUACUUUGUAAAGACUGUUGAGAGAUUGUAUCGUUCGACUGCAAGUACUUUAUAUGGUAAAUAUGUAGCUUAUGUUCUUGUUUUGUAAGACUUUUAUGCUGCAGCAUUAAAUGUAAUUAGUUAGUUGAGACUUAAUCAUGUGAAAAGGUUCAAUGAUAUAUCUAAU